UUCGACUCCGGCUGCGAACCGUUUUCCCUGUGUCGUCAGUUCCGUGAACGUAGCGUACCCUCGGUGGAAAAAUAAGGUAGAGGAUUAGAAGGACGGGAUCCUCUGCUUAGUCGAUGCCAGUCGGUUCCCCUGGUCAUGUAAAAAUAUCCAUGAGCGAGAGCACACGAUCGUUGCGUGGUAUUUCUUCAUUUGGAUUGGAUAUUUGGAAUUGAUCACGUCUAAGGAAGGCACUAAGUGGGAUGCACUUAGCCUGUUAUUAGCUUGCAGCGGUAGCCAUCCGAACACCUUACACCAGGACCAAGACCAACCCCUCGGUCUACGAUGACAGACGGCAUCAUGAGCAAGGCAGCCACCAUGGAGAUCCCCAUCAACAGCAACGGAGACACGGGGACGUUACCCGAGGAUGACAGCCUUGAACAGGCUGCUAAGCUCCAGUGGAGCUUAGAUGAGAAGGUAGGAUACUCCAGAGACACCAGGGACCUGCAGCAGGUCAUGGUGUCGGGGCCCAAUCUCAAUGAAACCAGCAUCGUUUCCGGGGGUUAUGGCGGUACAGCCGAGGGCAUCAUUCCCACCAGCUCCAUCAAAGACCUGCGUAUGAAGUCCAGGCGUGGUAGUGUGCCACCGAGCUACGCCACUGCGCGACACUUAGCGCACCAAUCAUAUGAAUACCAAGGCUCUGGGGGAUCCAACAUCAACCACAGCGCAAGCAGCUCGUCGCUGGCAGACGACGCCAACCGCGGCGUGGCCGUGGAGAAACUGGAGUACGUCAAGAAAUGGGGCCUCAACACCUACAAGUGCACCAAGCAGAUGAUCUCGGAGCGCUUCGGGCGGGGCUCGCGUACCGUGGACCUGGAGCUGGAGGCGCAGAUCGAGGUGCUGCGGGACACCAAGAGGAAGUACGAGAACAUGCUGCGGCUGGCCCGGGCGCUGACCAACCACUUCUACAGCAUGGUGCAGACGCAGCACGCGCUGGGAGACACCUUCGCCGACCUCAGCCAGAAGUCCCCGGAGCUGCGGGACGAGUUUGGCUACAACGCGGAGACCCAGAAGCUGCUGUGCAAGAACGGGGAGACUCUCCUGGGGGCGGUCAACUUCUUCGUGUCCAGCAUCAACACGCUGGUCAACAAGACCAUGGAGGACACCCUGCAGACCAUCAAGCUGUACGAGAACGCCAGGCUGGAGUUCGACGCGUAUCGGGCUGACCUGGAGGAGCUGAGCCUGGGCCCGCGGGACGCCGUGACCAUGGCCCGCAUCGACGCCGCCCAGCUGCAGUUCCAGGUCCACAAGGACAAGUACGAGCAGCUGCGCGCCGACGUCACCAUCAAACUCAAGUUCCUGGAGGAGAACAAGGUCAAGGUGAUGCACAAGCAGCUCCUCCUCUUCCACAACGCCAUCUCCGCCUAUUUCGCCGGCAACCAGCAGCAGCUGGAGCAGACGCUGCAGCAGUUCAACAUCAAGCUGAAGCCCCCCGGAUCCGACAAGCCCUCCUGGCUGGAGGAGCAGUGAGGUGGGGGGCGGAGGAGAGACCCCGCCCAACUCCCCUCCCCACCUCCCCCACCCCACUCUCCCGUCACUUGCUCCUUAUAGUCACCCGACUGCCCUCCUCCUCCUCCUCCUCCUCCUCCUCCUCCUCCUCCUCCUCCUCCUCCUCCUCCUCCUCCUCCUCUUCCUCACUGUGGAGCACAGAGGAGAGCUGGGCCCUGGGGACAUAAUGGCAGGCCUGACAGGUGCAUAUAGGAUGCACGCAGACGGCCCUGCGGACAGGACGUGAAGGUGGCAGGAUAGAUGUAACUACACAUAUAUAUAUAUAUAACGAACGGGCGCAAGGAAGCCCUCCCAGCCCUGUUUCUAGGACCGAAUCCCGUGGUUUUGAGUGCCUCUCUUCCCUCCUCCUUUCUCCGCUCACUCCAUCGCCUCUCUGUCUCUCCCCCCCCCCCCCACACCCUAAUUGCCUGGUCUUAUUUGUUCCGUUGGAAAAGCCCCUCAGCACUCACUCUUCACAUUCCAGUCUGUUUUUGUCCAUCCUAUUCAUCCAUCCCCCCCCCCCCCAUCCAAGUUCUGUCAUUGUUGUUUCGGGCCUUUUGUGAUGAUCACAUCCCCCUGCUACUGCUGGAAACAUAUCCCUGAAGCCAAAACAAGGCGAGCCAUUCAUCCACCUAGACAUAUUUCUGGUCGGACACUCAGAAGGGCCCUCAAACAUAUCCCCCCCCCCCCCCCCCCCCACACACACACACACACACACACACACACACACACGCCGCAUGGCAUCAGAACUCUCGUCCUGGCGUUCUCGUCCUCUUGUGCCUCCCUGUGCGGAGCGUGGAAGGAUUCGUACGACGAGGAAAGAAGCACUACUUUUGAUUUCUGCCUGCAGACACCGAAGAGGAAAUAUUUUCCAUAAAACAGAACCUUGAGACCUUUCAAACGAAGAAGAAGAAGAAGUGUGUACAGCUCGGGUCAAGUGCUGUUUUUACGUGGAAAAGAAAAAGGGUUGAUGUUAUUGUUUGCGAACGGACACACACACGGCAGUGGUGUUGUCGAGCCCCGCUUCUCCUCAGUUUUGAACGUCAUCUUUUUUUAUAUUUGCCGGGGUAACUUUCAGUACCACGGGGCUGCGUCCUGUGCUUCAGAACGUGGUACCAAUGUAUGCUGACAACUACCUGUGCUCUAGUGCGGUGAUGUGAUGAUGACACUACGGGCUUGUAAAUGACAACAGUAAUCGUAUGCGCAAAUCCAUUUACUAACUGCUGCCACACAGUUCCCAAACUUUCACAGUUUGGGAGUGUUCUGCAUAAUAUAUUUUUCUUUUUUUUCCUUUUAAUAUUAUUUCCCAAAUUUGUUGAGAAUGACUUGAUCGAGCAGUAUAGCUGGUAACAAACACCAGCAUCUGAUCAGUCAGUUCCAAAGAAUAACUGUAUACCCGAAUCAGAGUAUGGCAAUAGCACCAUCUCUGGUGAAACAAGUUAUUGUGGACAUUCUGGAUGAACCCAAACGAUGUAAUGUAAUAUAUAUAUGAUGGAAAGGAACUUGUAGGAAACUGAAAAUCAUAACAUGUUUAGGUGCCCGUCCUGUGGCUUUAGUUUAGAGUUCAGACCUUUGUUUGAGACAAAACAAUCUGCAUAUUGCAUAUUCUAACUUCAUUACAAUACAACUUAGUUGUUAGGGAUUUACGGCAGUGUGCUCAUGACAGCAAUCACAGCAUAAGUCAAGACGCAUACAUAGACACAAGACACUAACAUAAAGAAACACCUAACACAUAACCCUGACAUCGACCAUUGACCAUUACUUCAUGGAUGUAAGAUAUUGAUAGUCCAAGAGGAAAGUCUAGGUAGAAAGCCUAAUGUAAAGGAAGUUAUCACACAUUGUAAAACAGCAUACGUUUCUAUGCAUGGAAAUUUCAUGGAUUUAGAAAAUGUAUUAAAUCAAAAAAUCCUGUUUCUGGUUCAUGCAGGAUAGUUUGGUGAUUAGGGAUACAUGGUGUUAAGCCAUAAUUAUUUAUCAUUCAUCAUAGUUAAUUAAUUAAUAGACAAGCUACCUUAACAUUUGUGUCCACAGUAUAAAAGUGAUAGGGGAAUUUAAACUAUUAUGAAAAUGUAGUCCAAAGGGUUAAAAAUUAUGAAUUAUCUUUGAACUACCUAGAAGCCCUGUUUUAAGGGGUUGUCUACAAAUUCAGAAGCAAAUAUAGGACUCUAUUUUAUUGUACUUUCAAUGUUUGUGUUUUACUUAUAGCUUUCAGCUGUUAUGUCUCAGUGACAACUUCUUUUCCCGUGUCUUAUAUUUGACAAGCAAGAGCUGUUGUCCAGAUAAACAUACUAAAGCGUAGUUACCUUCAACACAGCUAUGAUAGGCAGGCUAUUGUUGCUAAUUGUAAUAUUUUUCUAUUGUUAUUAUUGGGACUUCAGAGUUCUGAUUCAGAACACUAAUAACUCGUGGACGGUUCGUUUGCUGUGUUGCUCCUCCGCUACAAUCUCCUCAUGCACACUCGGAUGACAGUGAAGAGAUCUCAAAUGAUACCACUGGAGUGUGUGUUUACCAAAAUAUGUUUGUAUUUUCCCCCUUUAUCAUUAUAUUUCAUCAGAGUUAAAUCAAAAUGGUGUCCGGGGCUAAUUUCUGCAUUUAAAAUGUUGCAGUAAAACCGGUGUAACGAACAUUAACUGUGCAUUCAUAGGUAGACUAGGGUACCGUUUAGUCUAGUAUUUGCCAAGUAUAAUAAACGUCUCUCGAGUUGAUGGUUCAACCCAGCCUGUGGAGCUAUAUAUCACACGGUAGACUUUCAACUGCCCUGCAUCGAUGCACGACAGUGACCACGCUCCUCCGGCCGGUCUCGUGUUUAUUUGCAUGCAGGCCGUGAUAACACCAAGUAUAGAGUUUUGUAUGGUCAAAAACGGACGCGGCGUUCUGCCAAGUGUGCAUGGACGCAGAGGGCCCUGCCGCCCUGCUUUUGACUUUCGGUUUUACGUUGAAUGUAAAAGAAGAAAAGACUGGAACAAAAACUGUUUUCAGUUAAUUUCCCAUUACGACACACACAUUAACGUGUGUGUCUCCUGAGGGGAAGACGUGCUGGCUCCUUGCUAGCUCCUUGCUAGCUCCCUUGUAAAUGCUGACGUUAUUGCAAUGUACACCUUACACGGCUCAUACGGCUCAUGUGAAGUCUAGUUGUCGACGGCCCCACCCCCCCAGGCCUGUAUAACUUGUGUACUUGUACACAGCAAUAUUUAUUGGAUAAAAUUGUGUUUAUUCUCCUCUCACCACCACACAUUCUCCAAUGUCACCCCCCCCCCCCCCCUCCUCAAAAUGUCCGAAGGAAACGGCCAGAAUCAGAACCCUUAUCAAUUUUAAAAUGUUGCCUAUGAAAACAUGUAUAUUAUGGAAAUAUGGAACUCUUAAAGUGAGGUUUUAUCUGUGGACAAUCAAUAUUUUCUAUUCUAUAGUAACGUAUGGAUGACUGUACAUAAUGGUGUUUCAGAUGAAAAAGAUGAAAGUCGCGUAUCAUGGAUCGAUGUGAGUUUUUUGCCUUUAUUCCACUGAAACCUGACUCUUCCCAAAGGAAAACAAAUAAAGUACAUGUUUUAAAAUC